AUGACCCGAGAGCAUGAACAUGAAUCUUCAUUAGUUGAACAAACUACGCUAACACGUACAUCAGAAAUAACCGUUAGAUUGAGCGGGUUCCAUUUGAAAGACAGACUGCAAUUAUUUGUUGUGUUGCUGGGUGUAUCAUUCCUGAUCUUCAUGACAAAUCAGACAGACUUGAAUGAACCGCUCAUUCCAGAGACUCAAACAACAGGUCAUUGUUCCAUGAACAAACAGAUCAGUUAUUCAGUUGAAGACGUUAUAAAGGACAGAAGAAAGAGAGUAGACGAUGUAUGCGCACGCAUCGGAAGUGUGUCCAAUAAAACAACGGAAGUAUCCGGUAUAAUGGCGGCAAACUUGUCUUACUGUGUAGUGCAGAAAGCAGGAUGUACCAUGUGGAUAAGGCUGUUCAAGUUCAUGGAAGGGCAGAAUUUCGAGACCGGAAACCCGAUGACGCUGACAAAAGAUUUGAUUCAUAACAAAGGUUCAAAAUAUUAUAAGAAAUUUAAGCAAACUGGCGAUGACGCUAGCUUUAUUUCACAUUCGGUUAGAUCUAUGACCGUUCGAAACCCAUAUACUCGACUGUGGUCAGCUUUUAUUGACAAAUUCUUGCUACCUGACUUUUGGCUAUCAAAAGGAAAACAUAUAAUAAGAAUGAUACGUAAAAAUCCGAAGCCACUGUCAACCAAAUGUGGACAUGAUGUCACUUUUCCGGAAUUCAUUCAAUACGUUAUAACAAUCGGACAUCAAUUGACAUACUGGAACCAGGACAAACAUUGGCUACCGGCUAGUGACAUCUGUGAUCCAUGUGUCUUUUACCCUCAUAUAAUUGGUAAACAGGAAUCCUUCAUGGAUGACAUGAAAUACACCCUGAAACAUGUAAAAUUAGAUUAUAUGUUACCUAAAAUAACGUCAGUUGAUCCGACAGAAUUUGAAAUAAAAGAUGAAAUAGACUACAGCUUUAAGAUAUUCUCGCGUGUUAAGAAAUGUAUAGAUAUUUAUGAACUGUGCAAAAGAAUAUGGACGGCAUUUAUUUUUAAUGGUUACCUCCCCUCAGAAGAAGCUUUCCCAACAAAUAUUGAUAAAAAUAGUUUGAACAUAGACUCAUUUUAUGAGCUUGUCAAAGGCGUGAGAACGAAAUAUAAUAUUACCAAGGCGGACAUCAAAGUAAAACGAAAACAUGCACUGACAACAGCGUACAAACAGAUUUCAAAGAAACACAUGGAAGACCUGAAAUCUUUGUACAAAAUGGACUUUGAACUUUUUGACUAUGAAUCUGAACCUGCCUUUCUAGACGAAUGAUACAUGUACAGCGAGGACGAGGAAGACCGCAAGCCAAUUGGCAUUUUAUGUAAAUAACAAAGGCCAGUAGGUUGAUAUGGGAUAUUUUCUAUCCGAGAAAGGUUUUAACACCCGAGGCACUAGCCUUGUGACUUAUUAUUCUCUGGAUGUUGCCAAUAUUCCACACCACAGAAUAGCGUUAGUUGCUUUAUCAUAUCGUAAAUCAUAUCCUGAGACAUUUCCCAAACGAAUUAAAACAGCAAUUCUGGUACGGGACUUUUAUCACUGAGCAGUUAUCUUGUUAUACAUGAAAUUGGAACAGAAAUAUGUAGAAAAAGGUAAGAAGAGAGACACUGCUUAUUAUAAUAAAACACAGCAAGAUGAGGCCUGAACUGAAGUAACACGCUGUGCCAUAUUCAUACACGGAUAAUGAUAUCAUUCCUAGAAAAGUGUCACUUAUUUUAUGCAUAAAAUGUUUUGAUCCUAAAUUGUUUUAAGACGUCAAUUUAAGUUUUGUUAACGUUAAUUGGUGCGAUCGUUGGUGAUAUUUUAACCAGGUUUUCAUAAAGACAGGUUAUUAUAUUGGCGAAUGUCGUAGGGAGACCAGGAGGCAGGCGGUAACUUUUGGUUUCAGUUCCAUCACUUGAGUAAGGGGUGACCGACAGCAGUGAAACUCGGUUUUUAGGUAGCUUGGAUAGAGACAGAGGUUUUGAUUACAUAAGACGUCAGUAGAAUCAAUGCCAAGGUUAAUGUUCCUUAAAAAUGUUCCUUAAAAUAGAAAAAACCGGUUUCAUCCCAGUCAUUUAAGUUGGCACUGAUGUAUUGAAAUUAAACUUGGCCUAUAGGUAGUUUUUUUUUAAAAAAUACUAAUGUUGGGAUUUUAUAUGGGGUCAGUUGGGUCAAGUUCAAGGCAAGCAUAACUUAAUUAAUCUGCAUACUUAGAAAAUUUCUCUAUGGCGCAGUAGUCUUGAGCGUUGGGUCAAAGUUUCCUUUAAUGGUGUGUAACAGAUGGAUCGCAGUUUAAAUCUCAGGCCUUACUUUUUGUGAUAAGUCAUUUUGAUGCCAUUGGGUCAAGUUCGCGGUCACAGUUACUAAAAUAGUUUUGUUAUUGUGAUCAUGAAAAAUGUGAUUUCCAGUUUACAACUUUUGUGCAGUCGUACUUUCUGUUAGCAAACUUGGUGUAUAGCAAAUAGCGAUGGAUUGUAUUCUGGGCCACUGUUACUAAACAUAGAAAAUGGCUUCCACUCAGUAUCUUUAGUUUGGGUACACCAGUUGUAAGCAAACAUGGUGUAAAGCUUUUAUCAAACACAAUAGUUUGGAAUGUUUUAAGGGGUCACUCAGGUCCAGGUCAAAGUCACUGUUAUUGAAAAUAAAAGAAUGAUUUCCGCUAGAAAAAGUUAGAGAAAACUUAAUUAAUCUGUAUACUUUAAAGUUAUUCUGUGUCGCAGUGGGCUAAAGCGUUGGUCUGUUGUACCUUUUGUAAUGUUUAAGAGAGGGGUCUCGGUUCAAAUCCUGGGCCUGGCCUAACUUCUUUUUCGCAAUGAACUGUCGAGGUCAAAAGUACUAUUUUUUUCUACUGUGAUCAACAGAAAGGCUGUUUCUGGUUUAUAACUUUAGUAAGGAUUGACUUACUGGCACCAAACCUGAUGUAUAGCAAGCUAAUAUGAAGAACUGGCUUUGGGUUGUAUUUUGAGUUUCUGUUACUAAAAAUAAAAAAAAUAGUUUCCGCUCAAUGUCUUUAGUUAGGGUAUAUCUUAUGUCAGCAAAAUUUAUGUGAAUGUAACCUUUGGUGGUCACUCUGGUCAAUGCAACUGUUACUGAAAAUAGAAAAUACGAUUCCGCUCAAUAACUAGAUCAAUCUGCAUACGUUGAAGCCUUGGUCUAGUGUGUAUAUGAUCUUGCUGUAUGAACGAGCCACGGUUCUAACUCACUUUUUGUACUAGAAAAGAAUAGUUAAGAUGCUACAGGAUCAAGGUCAAACUAAUGAUCUUGAGUCAGGAAUGAUCUAUGGCAUUGACACAUCUAAUUGUGGUAUAGCUCAACUUCUGAUGCAGUUAGAUAUAUACAACAGAAAAAACAAAACAUGGCCUUUUCCCCGUGGAAUUUACACGUUUGUUUUAUCAUAUUAUUAUGAGAUAGAAUCUGCUAUACUUUGUUGUUAAGUAAUUUUCUUUUUUUGUGCAAUAAAGCUAAUAUUGCAUUUUUUUUCUACAUCACAUAUACAUUUAGAAUUAUUGUUGGUUAAACAAAUGUUUGUCUAAAAUGUAAUAAAAUCUUUAUGGAGAUAAUUUGGAAGCGUGUGAUUUGUCUUUCCUG